AUGUCGAAUCUGGACGAUGCCGGACUCUAUUAUCAAGUUUGUUCACUUAGUUAUAAUUUCCAUGUCUUGGCUGUAUUAGGAACGUUUCUUUGCCAACGAUGGAAUGCCAGACAGUGGCCGAGAACUCAUUGCAGAGUAUAAGCAGAUGAUCUCACAAUUUCGGAACUUCAUCAGAGAUUUUUCAACCGGCGGAUUUGGAAUGAUUUACAGGUUUAAAUGCUGAAAGGAAAAGUUCCCUACUCUUUCUAUAUGUAGAGACGAAUUGAAGCGUAAUUACAUUUCUGGGAAGUACCAUCUUGAAAUAAACUUGAAUCACCUGAAAAUGUUUGACGAGGAAACGGAAGAAAAACUCAGAAAAUAUCCAGGAAAAGUCCUUCCUGCUGUAAGUUCCUCUCGAUUAGGAACAUCUCAUUAUUUCCACAUUGAAGCUAGAAGAGGCCGCGAAAACUGUUGCUGAUGAGAUCACGAAGCCCAGAGCUGCUGGAGACGAAGAGAUCCGAGACAUCCAGGUAUAUCAAUAUAUCAACUCUGUGAAAAGAAAUAUUUUUCAGGUCACACUUACUAUGGAUGAGUACCCAAGCUCUAUUCGAAAAGUAAAAAGUGGUCAGGUUUCCCAAAUCGUCAAAAUUUCUGGAAUCAUUGUAGCAGCAGCGCAGGUUCGUAUAGAAUGACUUAUCGGGAAAAAAAAAACUUCAAAAUGAUUUGAAGGUUCGCUCAAAAGCCACGAGAGUGACUCUCCAAUGUCGUUCCUGCAAGCACACUGUUCCGGAUAUGCUUGUCAAGCCGGGCCUCGAAGGAUUCCAGCUUCCUCGAACUUGCGGAGCGUACGAGAAACAUUUUCUGGAUUUCUCAGAUCAUUUUUGAAUUAAGGCCACAAGCUGGUCAGAUGCAAAGAUGUCCCAUCGAUCCUUACGUCAUCUUGCCCGACAAGUGCGUGUGUGUCGAUUACCAGACGCUGAAACUUCAAGAGAAUCCAGAAGACGUGCCUCAUGGAGAGAUGCCGCGCCAUUUGCAACUCUUCGCGGAAAGGUAAUCGAUACAACUUAUUUUUUAAUUUUAAUUGGACUUAAUCAGGUAUCUAACAGACAAAGUCGCACCUGGAAACCGUGUAACAAUUGUCGGUGUUUAUUCGAUCAAGAAAAUGUUCCAAAAGGUUCACCAGCAGUUUUUCUUGUUUCUUAAAACCUGUGGAUUUUCAGAAAGCUGACAAGACUUUGACAGGAAUUCGGUCGCCUUAUCUUCGAAUCCUUGGAAUUCAAGUUGAGACUUCUGGACCAGGUCGAUCAACAUUUGAGCAGUUCACACCGGAGGAAGAGCGACAGUUCAAGUAUUUUUUUUGCAGAAAUAAACAUUUCCAACAAAAAAAAAACAGGAAUCUGGCCAUGCAGUCUGACGUUUACGAUGUGAUUGCAAAGUCGAUCGCUCCUUCUAUCUACGGCUCUAUCGAUAUCAAAAAGUCCAUCGCUUGCUUGCUUUUCGGCGGCUCGAGGAAAAAGUUGGAAUUUCGAAUUGGAAAGAAAUAUUAAAGUUGGAAUCGGUAGGCUUCCUGACGGCAUCACUCGGCGAGGCGAUAUCAACGUCCUUCUGCUGGGAGAUCCUGGAACGGCGAAAUCGCAGUUGCUCAAGUUCGUCGAGCAGGUCUCGCCCAUCGGAGUUUACACUUCUGGAAAAGGAUCUUCGGCUGCCGGUCUCACGGCUUCCGUCAUUAGAGAUCCUACCUCGGUUCGUUCUGAACAUUAUGACGAAAUAGUAUUUUAUUCUGUUGAAUGUUUUUUUCCGCCGAUCAAAUUUUUUCAAAUUUAUGUGAUGGCUUUUAUGACUUGAAUUUUAUUUUUCCGAUUUAAAUACGAUCCUGAAAUAGUGAAGUUAGUGAAAACUGAAAAAAGAGCGUAUUUUUUGUUUUUAAAUUUUCUCAUUGUUUUUUUCUUUUUUUGCUUUUCGAUAAUUUUUUUCUGCUAUCUGUUCUUAUUUUAACAGUUUCAACUUAUUUGUAUACUUUCCAUUUAUAAAGAAAACUGAUCUUUGAAAAUAUUCUUGAUUGAUUCGAAGGUUUGUGGAAUAUUUUUUUAAACGAAAAAAGGAAGGAUGUCCAAAAAUGAAAAGCCUUUGUUAGGAGUCCGAUUUCCAACAAAAACCUACUUCCAUCUUUUUUCAAAUGUCGACUUUGAUUUCUCAGAGGUCUUUCAUUAUGGAAGGAGGUGCUAUGGUGUUGGCGGACGGCGGCGUCGUCUGCAUUGACGAGUUCGACAAAAUGAGAGAAGACGACCGUGUGGCGAUUCAUGAAGCCAUGGAACAACAGACCAUUUCCAUCGCUAAGGUUUCUCGAAGAGUUCUUCUAAAGUUUGGAAUCACCUAUAUUCUUUCAGGCAGGAAUAACAACGACUCUGAAUUCUCGGUGUUCUGUGCUGGCAGCGGCCAACUCUGUCUACGGCCGUUGGGACGACUCGCGGGGCGACGAGAACAUCGACUUCAUGCCGACGAUUCUGUCGCGUUUCGACAUGAUUUACAUUGUGAAGGACACGCAUGACGUCAACAAGGACUCGGUGAGCGACUCCCGUUCACUGUUUACGGACAUCCUUUCUGCUACAGACACUGGCGAAACACGUCAUCGAAGUGCAUGUCAACGCGUCGAACGAACGUGAUAGAGGCGCCCAGUCUGUGACCACCGUCGAUAAAAAUGCCGUCUACGAUACCGAUGGGUUCUUGACUCUCAGUGAGUGGAGCCUUCUGUGGAAACCGUCCAAAAUCGGAAAAAAUUGCUUUACUAGGGAAUAAUUAUGGUGAAUUAUUUUCACCCGAAACUACGAAGGGAGGAGCUAUCCAAGGAGAAAAAAAAAUUAGAUUGAGGAUCCACUAAAAAAAUUAAUAUUAAUUUUUUCUCAGAGUUUUUGAUGAGAAUUUGAACUGCUAACUUUUCAAUAAUAUUCCAUUGGUCAAUAAUUUGACAAAAAAGUUUGAAAAUUGCUAAUUGGUUACCGGAAAUAGUGAUCAAAUAGUUUUCGUGGGACCAGGUUUACAUGAAAAAAGGUUAAAUGAAGAGAUAGUUUUUUCCAGAAUGAACAUUGUUUCACGCACAACAACAUCUUUUUUGGAAUUUGGCAAAAAAAAAUUGAAGAAAAAAAUUUCUUGUUGAUUGUAGUGCAUGUAAUCAAAAUAUUGAAGCUGCCGUCAAAAACUAGUUUUUGGAGGUGGCAAUUUUCAUUAUCCUUUGAAGAGCUUCUAGCCUCUUUGCGAGUUCGAAAAUGAAUAAAGCGCAAGUCCAAAAUGCCAAUCUCACAAUGUUUCGCAGUGGAAUAAUUUUAAAAUGAAUCAGAUUACAAAAAGUUGAUGAAUUUAUUUUUUUUUUACCUUUUCCUAUUGUUUUUUUCUUUUCUGUACUUCAAAAAUCUUUGAAAAAUCCUCAUUCCUGUUUGAAGUCUGAGCGUUUUUUUUUUCUCCUCUUUUAAAAGAUACGUCGCCUAUUAAAUAUUCAGGACUUUUUUUAAAAAUUUCUUUUGGUUCAACAGCCUUCUUUUAUAGCUUUCCUGAAGAAAUUUGUGUCAUAUGCUCGAUCCACUUGUGCCCCGAGGCUGACGAAAGCGGCCAGCGAAAAACUCGUCAACCAUUACGUCAAAAUGCGCAAUCCGCCCAUGUCCACCGAGAACUUUGGUAUUGUCGAUGAGAAAAAAGCGAUUCUUCUGCUUGAGAGAUUGAUAAUCUUUGCAUUAAACUUUUUUUGAAGCUCAGAAAUGGCAAGGUUUCCAUUUUUAAAAAUGAAAGCAUUCGACUAGACAUAGUUUCAAUUUUUAGCUUUUUUCUGAACUUCUUUUUAAAAAUUUAGGAGGGAGGUCGUUUUUCAGUUUCACGUUUUGACCUAGAAAUUGGCUUACGACCAAAACUACGAUAUUUCUAUAAUUGUGUUCUCAAAAGCUAAAAGUUUGCACAGGAAACUCCCGUGAGAAAAACAUUUCACGAAAAAAACGCAAAAAUUUGUAGAAAAUUCCAAAUCUCACACAAAAAAUAUCUACCUUGUCUAUAUUUGAAUUGGUGAAUUGCUUAUGAUUUCAAGGAGAAGGAUCGUUUUUAAAUAAAUUUGUUAAACUUUGUGAGGAAAAUGUUCUUCCAGGAAAGAAUGCUCACAGAUCGGCAAUUCCUAUCACUGUCCGACAGUUGGAGGCCAUUGUGAGAAUUUGCGAGAGUUUGGCCAAGGUACCUCCAAAUUGGACUUGGAAAAUAUUACGAAUUCAAUGCACAGAUGGAGCUGCAGCCGUUUGCAACGGACAAACACGUGGAAGAAGCUCUGCGGCUCUUCCGAGUAUCUACUAUUGAAGCCGCAGCAACUGGAAACCUCGCCGGUUAGACAUUGCAUUCGCCAGAAUCCUCAAGAAGUCAUGUUCAGGAGUCGAGGGCUUCACUUCUGGCGAAGAUCAAGAAGCGAUAUCUCGGAUCGAAUCGCAGAUGAAGAAGCGAUUUGCAGUUGGAACUCACGUCUCUGAGCACCUCAUUAUUCAAGAUUUCGUCGCCAGGCAGCACUACAAAGAGUCUUUGGUCAAGAAGGUUUGCAGAAUAGCUAGCUUCUCCAGCAAAAAACAUUUUCAGGUGAUUUCGAAUCUGAUCAGACGCGGCGACUUGCAACAGAAAAUGCAGCGAAAAAUGUUAUACCGAGUUCGCUAAGAGCCUGUUUAUGACCCUAUGUACUAACCUGAUUGACACAUAAUUUUUUUGCCAUUUUGUGAAAUGAAGCAUUCUUUGAAGUAGAUCUCUGUAAUUUAGCAGUUGAAUGAUUCUAUUUAAUAUUUCACGUUACAUCAAAAAGAAAAGAUUUUGUGCGUCUUUAGACUAGUUUUUUUUCAACGACAAGCCAGUAGUUGACGGCGUACACCAGUUGACCAAAUAUGGUCUUGGCAAGGGAACGAGGAUAAUUGCGUCAUCGGCGGAGGUUGUUGGCAAGAGUCCGAGUGGCCGAUAUCGGCGAACGACCUCCGCUCUGUCCGUAUCAGCCGACUCAUCUACCCUUUUUUCUCCGGACUCUUUCUUCGUUCCCUCACUUUUCCUCCAACAUUCAAAUCGCCACAGUUUCAAGUGUUGCGGAAUCGAAGUGGGAGUUUUCAACGUUUUUUGGUCUCGCCGCCGCUCUCAAAGAAGUCGGACCGACUCUCACGCGGCGUGUUGGUUUCGUGUUGGCGCGAGGCCAAAUACCUUUAGCUGGCGCCUACCCUCUGCCUACCCAACGCUAUUUCAUCCGACCCUCUCACAAGCUGUCUCCUCGUCUCUCUGUUCAGGGCCCCCGUACAGUAACUGACACAUAA